GUUCCUUAUCCUUAUCAGCGGGCGCAUCCGAUCCCACGAUCGUCGUCGCCCCUAAAUCAACACAAUCAAUUAUCUUUAUCAGGCAAUCAAAGACAUUGAUAACUUUCAAUCUGCCAAAUUAUGAACAUUGAUGUACCACUGUGAGUGCCGCAUCUUUCACCAUCAGCACACAUGCAGGCAUCGUGAGGAUUAAACCCUUACAAAUUGCAUCUACCAUCAAGAAGAAGUUUUACAACGACGCAUAUGAGCUGUUUCAAGACCCCCUGCUGUCUACCACGUACUCACCUAUUUGUGCUUGCGAUUUUAUUCGCUGGUGAAAAGAGGUUUUCCUAAAUACUGUAUUUACAUGAAAAAUCUGUCAUAAUGCCAGAUACCAAAUAUUUGAUCUUUUUGUUGUUGGGACUCGGUGCAAUCAGUCUCUGUCUUGGUAAUGAGCAAUACAUUACUCCACAAGUUUGUGAUAAAACAUCUGAAAGUACAUGUGGAUGUGCUGCCACCAGCAGAAAGCAGUCUGAAAAUAUUGUUGAAACUGAUGAGCUUAAUGAUAAGAUAACAAGAGUGUCUCAAAAUAAUGACCCAAGUUUUAAAUAUAGCCAAGAUGCCAACACAGUUGAUAACUCAAGACGUACCAACCAAAUGGUUGAGAUUCCUGGAGGCAGAUUUGUAAUGGGUACCAAUGACCCUGUUUUCCAUGCUGAUGGAGAACAACCUGCCAGAUGGGUAGAAAUUGAUUCUUUUUAUAUGGAUAUGUAUGAAGUGACUAAUGCAGAAUUUGAACUGUUUGUUAAUGCAAGCAGCUACAAAACAGAUGCUGAGAAGUUUGGUGACUCGUUUGUACUGGAGGGGGAGUUAUCAGAAGCAGUAAAAUCUACAAUACAAAAUGCUGUUGCUGCUGCUCCAUGGUGGCUUCCUGUGAAGGGAGCUGAUUGGAGACAUCCAGAAGGACCAGACUCUGAUAUCACUGAUCGUAUGGAUCACCCAGUUGUUCAUGUGUCAUGGAAUGAUGCAGUAGCUUUUUGCACAUGGAUGGGUAAACGACUCCCCACAGAGGCUGAGUGGGAACGUGCGUGCCGAGCUGGAAAACAGGAAAGGCUCUUUUCUUGGGGCAAUAAAUUUACUCCGAACAAUCAGUACAGGGCAAACAUAUGGCAAGGAACCUUUCCCAAUGAAGACACAGGAGACGAUGGGUGGGCGGGUCGUUGUCCAGUGACUGCUUUCCCUCCUAAUGGCUAUGGCCUGUAUAACAUCCUGGGUAAUGUGUGGGAGUGGACAGCUGACUGGUGGAAAAUUAGUCAUUCUCCAAGUCUUCAAACUAAUCCACAGGGUGCAAGGUCUGGUGAAGACAAGGUCAAGAAGGGAGGAUCAUACAUGUGCACCAAGGAGUACUGCUACAGAUAUCGAUGUGCUGCAAGGAGCCAAAACACCCCAGAUAGCACAGCUGGAAACCUUGGCUUCAGAUGUGCUGCUCAUAACCUUCCAGAUUACCUCAAGAAAUAAUAAUAGGAGUUUCUAAGUUGUCUCUUUCUUCUAACUAGGGAUUUUUUCAAGAUUCCCUACUUUCUAGGUACAUAUCCUAUUCUUCCAUAUUUGUAGGUGAUUUAGUAUACAGUAGAUUCUACCUAGGUUCUACCUACCUAAAAUACCAAAUGUCACCACCAGGGUCCCGAUCUGGACCCUUGGAUGUCCAUGGAUUCUUCUUGGUGUUUUGUAAAUACCAAGAAGGAUCGUAUGUUCACAGGAGAAGGGUUCCCUUAUCUUCCUGAUCGGUAUGAGUUUGAUUUGACAGCAGCUUUUCCAAGGGCACGCUUCUGUGUGCUAUUCAAUCCUGUGGAUUCAUCUUUGCAGAGGUUUCCCUCUUUCUAAGUCUCCACUUCAGUUGGUCGUGAAGGUAUUUUGCAUUAUCUCUUACAGAACCUUGCUUCCAUGAUGGACCCUGGUUCCUUUGAAUUCGGGUUAGCAUUACUUUUUUGGCGUUGUUAUAAGGUUCUGGAUUCAUCCUGGGGACAUGGCAGGGGUUCUGUUAUGCCUGUAUGCUUGAAUGGCGUAAAGUGCUUAACGCUCUUCAGGUGUUCUUGGUUGACACUCCUUAUUCCCAGCUCGAGCACUGCUUAUUUGCUCCUGCUCUUCCCCAAGGAUGUGGGUAAGUGGCAGCUUCACAUUCACCUGCUAGUGCUGUCCUCUGCCCUUAUCACAGAUCACGGGGCUCAUAUGCACUUGGCAACAGUCAUGCAUUUUUGGGCUCUUGUGGAGCUUAUUCUCCGAUCAGGGGCCAAAUUCACGAAACAGUUACACAAGUACAGUACUUACGAACGUGUACAUCUUUCCUCAAUCUUUGACGGCUUUGGUUACAUUUAUUAUACGGUUUACAAGCAUAAAAACUUCUCAAUCAA